AUGGAUGCUAAUAAGCAUGAAGCUCCAAAAGGUGGCGAAGUAAGCAUGUUGCAGAAGAAAAGAGAAGUUGUUUUGGUGAUUCCAAAUAUGGGUGGAGAGAACCAUGACUUGAAAGGGGUUGAUUCACCUCACAGAAUAAGCAACGACAACGAGCUUUCUUCAAAGUCUCCACCUUUAAACUGUGCUUCCCCUGAGAUAAGGUUCGUGCCAAGCCCAAAUAAGCCACCCAAAGUUCCCACUUCAAAUUCCAACCUUUCCCGCAGAAAAUCAUUCGCAAGGUCAGUGUAUUCCAAACCCAAAUCAAGGUUUGGUGAACAACCUGGUCCCAUUGAUGGGAUCAUUUUAGAAGAGGAUAGUACUUCAACUUUGCAAGAACAAUUUGUUGUUAGUUCCCCAUAUAGGAACUCGCCCAAUAACAAAUCCGGGCCGGUUAAUAGAACCGUUUCCAUCACUUCUAACAUCACUCCCAAGACACCGUUGAUGGCUGGGGAGGAUCAGGAUGAAAUCAUUUACAGGAAAGUUGAAUUGAGUAAAAGCAAGCGUAAGAGACUGAAAACUAAGGUUUUGAUUGAAUGGUUUGUGUUUGUGUGCAUUGUGGGUAGCUUGCUUGCUAGUUUAACAGUUGACAAACUGAAAAAGACAAAGAUUGGGGGUUUGGGGUUAUGGAGGUGGUGUGUGCUUGUGAUGGUGACCUUUUGUGGCAUGUUAGUUACCAAAUGGUUCAUGCACAUUGUUGUUUUCUUGAUUGAAAUGAACUUUUUGUUGAGGAAAAAGGUUCUGUAUUUUGUCCAUGGACUGAAGAAAUGUGUCAAGGUCUGCAUUUGGCUUAGUUUGGUUCUUCUCACAUGGGUGCUGUUAAUCAAUCGUGGGGUCCAGCGAUCUGAAUUGGGGACUAAAAUUUUGGAUGGUAUAACGUGGAGUCUUGUUUCCCUUCUCAUUGGAGCAUUGCUGUGGUUCAUAAAGACAUUGUUGCUAAAGAUGUUGGCAUCACAAUUCCAUGUCAAGUCUUUCUUUGAUCGAAUUCAAGAAUCAAUCUUUCAUCAGUACGUUCUGCAGACUCUCUCUGGGCCUCCACUUAUGGAAGAGGCUGAGAAUGUUGGGGGAUCACAAAGUAUUGGUCAUUUCAGUUUUAGGAGUACAAAUGGUAAAGGUGACACAAAGAAAGGGGUUAUUGAUAUGGCAAAGCUUCACAGAAUGAAACAAGAGAAAGUUUCUGCGUGGACUAUGAAGAUUUUGGUAGAUGCAGUGAUAAAUUCAGGGCUAUCUACAAUCUCUAGUUCACUAGAUGAAACUUUCGAUGAUGGAGGAAAUGAACAAACUGAUAAAGAGAUAACAAAUGAGAUGGAAGCAACUGCUGCUGCCUAUUACAUUUUCAGGAAUGUUGCUGCCCCUUGUUGCACGUACAUUGAUGAGUACGAACUCCGGAGGUUCAUGAUUAUGGAAGAGGUUCACCUGGUAUUUCCUCUACUGGCCCAAGCAGACACGGGGCAAAUCACCAGAAAGUCUUUAACAGACUGGGUGUUGAAGGUAUAUCAAGAGCGUAAAGCAUUGGCACAUGCCUUAAGCGACACCAAAACAGCUGUAAAGCAAUUGAACAAUCUUGUGUCCGGGAUCCUAGUAGUGGUAACUAUAAUAGUGUGGCUUCUACUAAUGGAGAUUGCUACAACAAAAGUACUUGUAUUCCUUUCAUCGCAGCUAUUGCUUGCAGGCUUCAUGUUUGGAAACACAUGCAAGAAUAUAUUUGAAGCUCUCAUCUUCGUGUUUGUAAUGCAUCCAUUUGAUGUUGGUGAUCGAUGUGUUGUAGACGGUGAACAGCUAUUGGUUGAAGAAAUGAAUAUAUUGACAACAGUCUUCUUGAAGCCUAAUAAUGAAAAGGUGUAUUUUCCUAACUCUAUCCUGGCCUCAAAACCUAUUAGCAAUUAUUACAGAAGCCCAGAUAUGGGUGACAGUGUAGAGUUCUCCAUUGAUUUUAUGACACCAGUGGAGAAGGUUGGGGCACUGAAAGAAAAAAUAAACAGGUACUUGGAAAGAACUCCACAAUACUGGCAUCCUAAUUACAACUUAGUAGUGAAGGAGAUUGAAAAUGUAAAUAAGAUUAAGAUGGGUCUCUUUGUUACCCACAAAAUGAACUUUCAAGAGUUUGGGGAGAAGAACAAGCGGAGAACUGAACUGCUGCUGGAAAUUAAGAAAAUAUUUGAAGAGCUCAAUAUCAGAUACAACCUUCUUCCUCAAGGUGUUCAUCUAAGACAUAUGGAACCAGAUUCGAGUGGACUCAGUAGAUGAUUCUUUCUCCUUACUAUGCAACUGCAUGUAUCUGCCUCGUCCGUUUCUU